CUACAAGACACCAGAAACUCAUUAGGAAUAAAGAUGGCUGCCCCAAGUCAACAGCAUAUGACAAUUGUCAAUCCUCCCACUCCAGAAUACAUCAAUGCUGAAGGAACUGGCUGCUUAACCAAUCAGCUUCAGUAUUUACAGAGAGUGGUCAUGAAAGCGAUGUGGAGGCACAACUUUUCCUGGCCAUUUCAUCAGCCUGUAGAUGCUGCAGGCCUAAAACUUCCAGAUUAUUAUACUAUUGUAAAAAAACCCAUGGACUUGACUACAAUUCAGAAACGUCUGGAACACAAAUAUUAUACAUGUGCUGCAGAAUGUAUUGAAAACUUCAAAACAAUGUUUGCAAACUGCUAUUUAUAUAACAAGCCUGGUGAUGACAUUGUUUUCAUGGCACAAGAACUGGAAAAAGUAUUUCUGCAGAAAGUAGCACACAUGCCCCCAGAUGAGAAAAUAGUGAUGAUCAAUAAAGGGAAAUAUGGGGGAGGAAAAACAGACGCUGAGCAAUCUGAUGCAAGAAUUUCACAAAAUCAGCAGACAAGAACGUCCAGAAAAGUCAAGCAGUUCCAGACGAUGACAGCAACACCACAAGUGCAGACCCCAGAACCUUCCCCUGUGUCUCCACCUUCAAAUGUCAUGCCAACUACUGAAACAGUUACCAAAGGUGUGAAAAGGAAAGCUGAUACCACUACAGCAACCAUCACUCCAAGCAGCGAGUCCUCUCCAGCACCCCAUGAACCCAAAAUAACCAAGAUCUCUGCUAGAGAAGAAUCUGACAAGUUCCUAUCCAAAAGAGCCUUACCAGAUUCGUGGCAGCCACCUGAACCCACAAAAAGUACAAAGCUAACCAAACCACUGCAAUAUUGUAACGAAAUCCUUAUAGAAAUGCUGUCAAAACAGCAUGCCGCCUAUGCUUGGCCUUUCUGUAAACCAGUAGAUGUUACUGCCUUGGGCCUUGAAGAAUAUCGCACUAUGGUUAAAUGUCCUAUGGAUCUUGGAACUAUUAAAAAGAAAAUGGACAAUUAUGAAUAUAAAGACACCCAAGAAUUUGCUGCUGAUAUUAGGCUAAUGUUUAUGAAUUGCUACAGAUACAACUCUCCAGAUCAUGAGGUGGUAUCAAUGGCAAGAAAAUUUCAGGAUGUCUUUGAGAUGCAGUUUGCCAGAAUUCCAGAUGAACCCGCUACUGGUGGGCCUAUGCUGCAUUCCACCACAAGAAGCACCACUUCUGUUUCUAGUGACAGCAGCUCUGAUGUCUCCUCUGAUGAAGGCUCUGAAAAAGAACGAGCGAAGCGCCUUGAAGAGCUCCAGGAACAACUUAAAGCUGUUCAUCAGCAAUUGCAAGCUUUGGCUAAAACAACCUUACCCAGAUUGAGAAAGAGAACGAAAGUGAAAUCUAAGAAGGAAAAAAUAAAAAGCAAAGUGAAAAUCAAGUCUGGGACUCAGAAAAGCAGAAAGAUGAAGCAAAUGAAAAAGCUGAAGAAGAAAAUGUCUUUGAACAUUCAUUCAAAGAAAAUCAAGCAGCAAGAGGAACUCAAGUCUGAGGAUGAGGAUACUGCCAAGCCAAUGACUUAUGAUGAAAAGAGGCAAUUAAGUCUGGACAUAAAUAAACUCCCCGGGGAGAAGCUUGGCAGAGUGGUAUAUAUUAUUCAGUCAAGGGAACCAUCGCUGAGGCAUUCAAAUCCUGAUGAAAUAGAAAUAGACUUUGAAGCUCUCAAAGCAUCAACUUUACGGGUACUGGAGAAAUACGUAAUGGCUUGCUUGAGAAAAAGGCCCAAGAAACAUUAUGCUGAAAACAACGCUGUGUCAAAAAUCUACGGAAGGCCUAGUCGGCUAAGUGAAAGCAGUAGCAGCAAUGCCUCCUCUGCUUCUGAAAGUACAAGCAAUGAUUCCAGCUCAUCUGAUAGCAGUGAUGCUGAAUCAGAAGUACACAUCAAACAAAAUGGAAAUGGGAAAAAGUUCUGCAGAGAACAGCUUAAGAUCCCACUGCAUCAUCCAAAGAUGUCCUGCAAUGUUGUUCCUCAAAUAUGGAGCGCUUCACCUAUUAGCAAGCUGUCUCAAAGAACAACCGAAGCCAGGGGCUCCCACCCAUUACUGUCAUACUCUCAGCCUUUACAGCACAGUCCACUUAAACUACAAGAACAAAGCAUUGUUUCUCCUUCAGGUAUAGUAGCUGUUGUGUCACCCCUGCACCGCACUCCAGUUCAGCAGGCAACUCAGAGUGACUUAUUGGCAACCCAGGCUUCUGACAGCCCUUCUCCUCGCAUGCUUUCAGAGGUGGAUAUCACUGAUAACAUUGUAUCCUGUUUUUCCUCUCCAAAUAACCCUUCAGACAACGUGAAAGAUACUCAGAAACCAUCACUAUUGCAUCAGGGGCAGCCACCUGUUCUCCAGAUUAAAUCCUCUUUGGGAAUUGCCAACUUAACACCAACUGACCAAGAGCAAACAUUUUACAUGGGGCUGUCCUUGAAGGCCACUUGGAGGCUAAAGCUGGUCCAGAACAUAGUAGUGUGCACAGUGCUGGGUGCCUCUACGUUCGCCCACAGCACAUCUCUGUUGCGAGAGCUGCACUGCCUUCCAGUUUUCUUCCGGCUAGUGGAGGAGUUUUUCACCCGCUUGGAAACUCACUACCCUACCUCUACUACGGCUUACAUUCCAGAGCUGAAGACUAGUUUUCCAGAUGGCCGCUGGGGACAACAGGUGACAGAAUCUGCACAUGCCACUCUUACAGAAAGCUGCUCUGAUAAUUGUGAAGAUAAAAGAGAGAGAGAGACUAAACCUCAGAUUUCUCUAGUAAAGGAUAUAAAAGUCAAACAUGCAGAUUCUUGGACAAGUUUAGGUAAGAUGGUGCCUGCUCCAGUCUCAGUCAAAUCCUCCAAUGAAAGCUUCAGACAGUUCCAAAAAGCUGCACUAGAAAAAGGAGAAAGUGAGUGGGCAAAGGAACGAAAAAGACAAUUGGAGCAAGCUGAGAGGAAGUUGAAAAACCAGCCUCAGGAAAAAGAGAGAAGCAGUAGAGAAACAGAUUUGAAAUUCACAGCAGUAAAAGAAAUCUGCCCCACUCCAAAAGCAGCAGCAUCUGGAAGAGAGCAACCACACUCAACACAAAAUCUUGUCAUAGACCGUAAUUUGGCAAGAAAACUGGAACAAGAGCGCAGGAGAAGAGAAGCGUUGACAAGCACCAUUGACAUGAAUUUUCAGAGUGAUGUUAUGGCAACAUUUGAAGAAACCCUGUAGUGAAGGAGAUGGACGAUUGUGUUGAUUGCAGUUCUUCAAAGAGUGGCCAUGGAUUGCAGAAAAUAUUCCAAAAGAUUGGUCCGAUAUUGGAGUACCACUAUUAUUAAUCUUUUUGAAGAGCUAAUGUAUGAGUAUAAUUUCAGUUUUAUAAAAUUAAAUGUGGUUAUUAAAACA